AAUUUAUAUGCGGUACUAGAGGAAUACGAGAAGCUUCAUGAGGAAGGAGACACUACAGCCCUCGUGAAGACAUACUAUUUAAGAAUACGUGAGCUAUUUAGAAAAGCAGAAAAUGUGCGUGAAUUUUUAAUGAGGUUUCCAAAAUGUAAAACGGACUUUCACCGCGUUUCUUUCCUCCUGGAGAUAUGUGCAAAAGAGAAAUUGGUUAAGAAUGGGGCCAUUUCUGGUUUGCCCUCGAAAUUGAAGGAAAUCAAGGUUGGAAUGGGGAAAGAUGAUGCCCUCUCUGAAGCGUUUCAGCAAAAAAGCAAGCAUUUCUGGGAGAUGAGAGAUGGACGAAACGCUCUAAAAUACUUAACUUAUUCCGUAUUUUAUGCCAAAUCAAAUGAACAGAAAUUCAGUUCCAUCGUCUCAAGGUUCUUUCUGUUAUAUAACAUGGAGAACUACGAGGACGCCCUAGAAGAUUCCAGAAAUGCCCUUGAAAUUCAACCAAAGAUGCUCUUUUUACUAUAUUUCUAUACCGCCCAAUGUCAUAUGAAGUUGAACAACUUUACACAGGCUUUGGUGUACUUUAGAAAAGCCAAGGAAAUUGAACCCGAUCAGGAAAUCGAUCGAGAAAAAUAUCAAGAGCAUUUGGAUUAUGGAAUAGAAGAAUGCGAUAAUAGACAACGCGUACGCAAAGCGGAAUCGAAAUGGUUUAGUUAUCAUCCACAACCUCCAGAUCACCUGGCUCCUCUAAGUCAGGGUAAAAGCUGCCCUAAGUCUCCAAAAGGCGGAACUUGGCAAUUUAAAAACACAAACGAACGUGGAUGGACUUUGAAGGCAACUAGGAACAUUUCUAUCGGUGAAGUUUUAUUGGCAGAAAGACCCUAUGUGUCGAUUCUUAAUUACCCUCGAACUGAAAAUUGUUAUCACUGCUAUAAGCGGUGUUAUAGCCUAUUGCCGUGCAGCGGUUGCCCUUAUGUUGGAUUUUGCAGUGAAAAAUGCGCUAAUGGAGCAAUGUCGGUGGAUAGUUCUGUGAGUACUGGAACUGGUCGACAUAGGUAUGAGUGUGGUAUUCUCCCAUUCAUCUUAUUAAACAAAUUUUCCUCAAACAUAUCAGAAGAUCAGAGUUAUACUGGAUGCGCCGCAACAAGCCACCUCGCCUAUAGGUGUAUUGCAAAUACGGAUCCACACAGACUCAAAAGUUCCAUUACUGCUCCCUCUACGAGAGCCUUGAAUGUUGCAAAAGGUCACCAGGCCUUUAGAGGUAAGAAGGAAGUUCGUAAAGUUCCGCCCAAUCAAAUUGAUUCUUCCGACUAUUCCUCGAUCACUUGGCUGGACAGUUGUUCCGAGAAGAGGGAUUUAAUUGAACUUUGGCAGAAGACAAUUGCAGCCCUCUUUCUCACCUAUUGCCUUUGGAUUUCUGGUUAUCCAAUGGAUUGGAGCAAGAUAGAUAAAGAAGAGCCAAAGUUCGAAGGCAAGGGUUCGAGGCCUCUGUCAGUCAGUCAUGUAGCCGCUUGCAUGCUCUAUCAUCUUCAGGCGUCAACAGUUAACUGCCAAGACUAUUUUAUGCUUUCAACUCCUUCGCGUGAAGUGCCGCCAAAAACAUGCAGGUCUAUUGCAACUGCCAUCUAUCCCACCAUCUCCCUCAUCAACCACGCCUGCAAUCCUUCCGCGGUUCUUGUUAAUACAGCCCGAGGGGGCGCGUUUCUCUAUGCUUUGAGACCUAUCCUUGCGAAUGAAGAAAUAACCGUGUGCUACAAAUACUCCUACUUCUCAGCCCCAGAAUCAGCGCGCCGUUUCCUGCUGAAAUGUUACUUUCACUUUGACUGCAAUUGCGAGGCUUGUGCAAACAAGUGGUUCACAAGAAACCAAUUCGACUUGGGCACAUUAAAGUGUCGAGAGUGCAAGAAAGCAUUCAGUGUUGAUAAAGAGGAGUGUGGAAAAUGUCAUUCAAAAGAGACGGCUAUUGCAUUUAAGAAGUCAUUACUGCAACUCAUGGGAAGUAGGUUCUCCCUCACCCGUGGACUCAAAUGUCGUGAGAAGUGCACUUUAAUUUAUAAGGAGUUGCAAGAGGUACUUAGGUCCCAUGGUGCUUGCCAUGCCUACCUCCAAUCACUCUAUAGUUAUAUAAUCCUUUUAAAGUUUGGUAAUCUAUCUAUUGAACCAUUUGAACGAGUGAACUACUAA